AUGCUAUUUCCAUCAGAUUGUUCAUUUUAUAAAUACGUAUUAAAGAAUGGCUAUCGUAUUCACCCUAUAUCACAGAAAUUACUCGAUGAAACAAUUAAACAUCCUAUGCGGAAAAUGGCUGCCUCCGCUGAUGAAGUGGCUUUCUUUCAGUUUUUGCUACCUUUAAUCCAAGCUAAGAAGGUCAUAGAAAUCGGCGUUUUUACAGGAUUGACUACACUUGGCAUGGCAUUUGCUCUACCUGAUGACGCCAAAAUAGUUGGCUUAGACGUCAGUGAAGAGUAUGUUAAUAUUGGCAGGCCGUUCUGGAAAGAAGCUAACGUCGAUCACAAAAUCGACAUUAAAAUUGGAUUAGCACUCGAAAGUCUCGAUCAGUUAAUUGCAAAUAACGAAUUGGAUAGUUACGAUUUUAUCUUUAUAGAUGCAGAUAAAAGCAAUUACAUCAACUAUUACGAAAAAUCAUUGCAAUUAAUCAGGAAAGGUGGUGUUAUUGCUAUCGAUAACACAUUAUGGAGUGGUCAAGUAGGAGAUGAAUCAAUUACAAGUACUACUUUAACGUCUAUUCGCGAAUUCAAUAACCAUGUCAAAGAUGAUAGUCGCAUUACAUUUGUGGUCUUGACUGUGUGUGAUGGUGUUACUUUGGUGAAGAAAAAUUAA